GGGACAACUGGAGCUCCGCAACACCGUCAAUAUGGUCAUCAACCCUACCUACCUCGCCCAGCGCACGCGCUCAUCGGUCAACUGGGCCGAUGCGAAGAAGAGGGUCAUUCACAGCUACCGGGACUGGCUGCGGUCGGCUCCCGAGAUCCAGACCAUGUAUUCACUCAACAUGCCGGUGUCCCAACUUCGGACCAAAAUGCGGCAGGAAUUCGAGCGGCAUAGAUAUGUGAAUCAGCUGAAAACAGUCGACGUGCUAUUAUUCAAUAGUCACCAAGAAUUCCAGGAAACGCUCAACUUCUGGAAGCAACUGUCACACGUACUCAAGUACUUCCGUACCGAAGAGGAUCCCAAGGCACGGCUGCCAAACAACUUCAUCAACGGCUUUUUGGAGGGUCGCAAUUGAGUGGGCUGUCUUCGCCUGAAAUCGGAAUUGAAAACAAGUCCAGGAUGCGAUGUAAAUAGCCAAAGACAAUACCAUUUUCCUUUCCGUU